AUGUCUAAAGUUCUUGUUCUUGCCGCUACUGGUUUCGAGCCAAUGGAGCUUGUUAACCCAACAGAUCUUCUCCGCCGUGCUGGUGCUGAUGUUAAGGUUGCUGCUGUCGGAACUGAAGGCUUACAGGUUGAUGCAGCUCAUGGCAUCAAGAUUGUUGCUGAUGUCCUCUUCGCCGAUGUCAAGAACGAAACAUACGACCUCGUUGUCUCUCCAGGUGGCAUGCCAGGAACAAAGAAUCUUGCCGCAAACCAAGAUGUUGUCGAAUUCAUCAAGCGCCAUGAAAAGGCUGGCAAAUUAGUUGCUGCCAUCUGCGCUGCUCCAGGUUUCGUCCUUGCUCAGGCAUGCGGAAUCAUGAAAGGCAAGAAAGGCUGCGGAUACCCAGGCUGUGAUGGUCCAAUUGCCGAAACAGGUGGUGAGAUUACAACAGAUGCAGUUACACGUGAUGGAAACAUCAUCACAUCCCGCGGUCCAGGAACAUCCCAACAAUUCGGUCUUGCCCUCAUCGAAGCUCUCAUUUCUAAGGAGAAGGCAGCUGAAGUUGCCAAGGGAGCUCUUCUUGCCUAA